GUCGAGCCCACGAAAAUAAACACUCGCGUUGGCCUGUGGCUGCACGUGUCCCUUCAAAUCAGGAUGUCGCGACGUCGGCGAAGACAUCGUCUGACCAAUAAGAACCUGAAUUGUCGAAGCAUUUUGUGGUUGGAUUUGGGAUUCUGUGGUCCCUGGAGGCACCGUGUCUCGGCAAGCCACCUUCGCAACCGACGUCAUUGACCCGCAUAGCCGCGGCGCAUGAAAUGCAACGCGAAGAGACGGCGGCUGUGCAGCGCCAACUUCAACCAACGUACCCGUGGUAGCCAAGAAUCAGGGACGAGAAGACAGAGUAACCGACCACCUUGCGUUCGACGACGAUGCGGCUUUCAGCUUCAGGUGCAGCCACCAACGCCGCCAUCACCAGAUCUAGAUCUUAGUCUCGCAUCGUCCAGAUUCAGGUCAACUCGAUGCUAUUCCUCUCGACGCGCGGGUUUGCUUGUUCGAGGGAUCGCGAGGACGGCGUCGUUUGUUCGGCGAUCGAACUUGGACUUCGGCACUCCGUCGCAUCUUGCACUUCAUCGUGAUUGGUCCGCUGGCAGUGGCGCAGAAAGUGGGUCCACCAAUCCAAUCGCGGCAAAUGCUGCGUCAGACCAAAUCUGCGAUGUGAUUGGCCCCACCAAAAGGUGCAACCAAAGCUCGAUCUUCUUGGUUGAGAGCGUAUUGUUGAAAAAGCUACCAACUACCAAGAUGGUCAAGUCGUCGACGCAAGAAUCCAAGUCCUACGCGCAAAUGGUCCUCGAAAUGUUCAUGGCCGCGCCCCAAGUCUCGGUCCGCGGCGCCCGCGUGCCCUCGGACAUGAGCCGCUGCAACAGCGCGCGCGCCCACAAGGCUGCCAACUGGGCCAACGCACACCAGUUCCCGCUCGCGUCCAAGUAAAUCGUUGAUGCGCCCCUUCAUAUUUAAUCUCCGACUACGAAAUGUAUCGUGCCUCAUACUAUCAACAAACA